AUGUUCGGUCUUCAGAAAACGAAUUGACGGUGGGAGAGUCAUCUUCGUUAAACGGGUUUUCUUUUUCCGUCAGACGCAUUUCGUUCACGACCAUCCAAAGAAAGAAAAUAAUCGUUGUUUCGUAUAUUCCGUCAACCUCCGGUUACUUCUCUGAAGUUCUUACUCUGCAAAUUAGGGCUUCAAGAAACUACCUUAACUCACAUUACGAUUUGAUUUCCUUCAUGUAAUUACCCACUAUCGGAUUGUUUGGGAGUUUUAGUUCGUGAUGUUCACGUCGCAGAGAAAGCACUGGCCGGCGUUAUCGGUGACGCCACGAAAUGAGGCACCAAAGAGUGGAAAUACCCCAAAUUCUAGGGACUUGAGGAAGGGGAAGGCGGUGGCGUUUCAUGAUGGCCCGCCACUGCCACCGCCACCGCCACCACCGGUGGGCUCGUUGAAUGAGAGUGUUGCGAAGGUGGGUGGUGAUUUGGGGAAUAUGGAGGAUUGGAGGAGGUUUAGAGAGGUAGGGUUAUUGGAUGCUGCGGUUAUGGAGAGAAGGGACCAGCAGGCCUUGUUCGAGAAGGUUUCUAAGCUCGAAAGAGAGCUUUUUGAUUAUCAGUACAAUAUGGGACUUCUAUUGAUUGAGAAGGAGGAGUGGACUUCAAAGAAUGCAGAAUUCAGAGAAUCACUGGCAGAAGCACAGGAGGCCCUCAAACAUGUGCAGACGGCUCAUUUGAUUUCAAUAUCUGAAGUUGAGAAGCGGGAGGAGAAUUUGAUGAAAGCUUUAGGUGUUGAAAAGCAGUGUGUGGGUGAUCUUGAGAAGGCUUUACAUGAAAUGUGUUCAGAGCAUGAACAAAUAAAGCUUGCAUCGGAGUUGAAGUUGGCUGAUGCAAAAGUUUUGGUGACUGGAAUUGAGGGGAAAUCUUUGGAGGUGGAUGGAAAGCUGCAUGCUGCUGAUGCCAACCUUGCUGAGGCGAGUAGAAAAAGUUUGGAGUUGGACGGGAAAUUGCAAGAGGUUGAGGCUCGUGAAAGUGUUCUUUGGAGGGAGCACCAGUCUCUUAAUGCAGAGCGAGAAGCACAUGAAUUGUCUUUUGCUAAACAUAGAGAAGAUUUGCAAGAGUGGGAGAGGAAACUGCAGGAAGGGGAAGAAAGGACAUGUGAGGGACGCAGAAUUAUCAAUCAACGAGAGGAAAAGGCAAAUGAAAUUGAGAGGGCUUUCAAGCAGAAAGAGAAGGAACAUCAAGAAGCACAGAAAAAGAUUGAUUUGACCAGUUUGACUUUGAAGAAGAGAGAAGAUGACAUAAGUGAUAGACUAGCAGACUUAAUUGUAAAAGAAGAAGAAGCUGAGUCACUUAGAAGAUAUUUAGAGGCAAAGGACAAGGAAUUACUUACUUUGACAGAAAAACUGAGAGCCAGGGAAAGAGUGGAGAUUCAGAAGCUUCUUGACGAACACAGGGCUGCCCUGGAUACAACGAGGCAAGACUUUGAGUUGCAAAUAGAAGAAAAGAGGAAGUCUCUUGAUGAUGAGAUGAGAAGCAAGGUUGAUGGUGUAGACCAGAAGGAAGUUGAAAUUAAUCAUACGGCGGAAAAACUUCAAAAACGAGAGCAAGCGUUGGAAAAGAAGUCGGAGAGGGUUAAGGAGAAACAGAAAGACAUUGAAACCAAGUUGAAAUCUUUGAAGGAGAAAGAGAGGUCCAUCAAGGUUGAGGAGAAAACGUUGGAGUUAGAAAAGAAACAAGCACUUGCUGAUAAAAAGAGUUCGCAAAGUCUGAAAGAGGAGCUUGAAAAGCUACGGUGUGAGAUUAGUCAAAGGGAACUGCAGAUUCAUAAAGAAAGUGAAGAGCUUAGAGUAGCUGAAGAAGAGAAGGCAGAACAUCUCCGAUUGCAGUCAGAGUUGAAAGAGGAAAUACAGAAAUACAGACUCCAGAAGGGGUUAUUUUUGAAGGAAGGGGAGGAUCUAAAACAGUGCAGGAAGAAAUUUGAAGAAGAUUGGGAAGCAUUGGAUGAAAAAAGAGCUGCUUUUACUAGAGAGCUAAGGGAACUUAAUGAAGAAAAAGAGAAGCUAGAAAAAUUGCGACAUUCUGAAAAAGAGUGGUUGAGAGAAGAUAAACUGGCCACACAGGAUUACAUUAAGAGGGAGUUGGAUGCUGUUGAAGUGGAGAAAGAAUCAUUUGCUGCCACAAUGAGGCAUGAGCAAUCAAUUUUAUCAGAAAAAGCUCAAAAUGAACAUAGCCAAUUGAUUCGUGAUUUUGAGUUGCGCAGAAGGGAUCUUGAGACAGAUAUGCAUAAUAAGCAAGAGGAAAUGGAGAAAAGGCUACAUAGAAGGGAGAGAGUGAAUGAGGAGGAGAGGGAGAAAGAACUUACUAGAAUCAGUAAUUUAAGGGAAGUAGUCCAGAAGGAAAUUCAAGAAAUGAGGUCUGAAAAGCGAAGGAUAGAAAAGGAGAAACAGGAAUUUGCCCUGAACAAGAAGCAACUGAAAGAAUACCAGAUUGAAAUGCACAAGGACAUUGCUGAGCUUGGCGUUCUUAGCAAGAAGCUCAGGGAUCAGAGAGAACAGUUUGUUAAGGAGAGACACAGGUUUCUUGCACUAGUUGAGAAGCUUAAAAGUUGUGGAAAAUGUGGAGAGAUCACUCAAGAAUAUGUUCUCUCUGAUCUCCAGUUGCUUGAAAUGGAGGAUAGGAAGGCUUCUCCUCUUCCAAGGCAGGUUGAUGAAUUUGUGGAGAACUCUCAGGGUGGUCUGGUUGCUUCUCAUGGAAUGAUGUUUGAGACAUCUCCUGCCAGAAUAGAUUCGAGAUCUUCAGAUUCUGUGGGCCCAAUAUCGUGGCUCCGGAAAUGCACCUCAAAGAUGUUUAACUCAUCCCCUAACAGAAAAUUCCAGCAUGUGGCCUCUCAAAGCUUUGGUGGAUCACCUUUAUUGGAUACACCAGUCAGUAUCAAUGAGAAAACUGAAGGACCAAGUAGGGUAGCUGAUAUAGAAGAAACAAGAGGCCAAAGUAUUGCUGAAGAUGGGCCAGAGCCUUCUUAUGCCAUGGCAAACGAGUCCGUUGAUGCUCAACAGUUAACAUCUGAUAACUUAAUUAGAGAGAUCGAUAAUGGGCAUGCACCUUCUGUUGAUGAUGGUAGCAACAUGGGCAGUAAGAUACACGUUCCAGAAGAAUCCCAUCAAUCAGAACUGAGAAAUGGUCGACGCAAACCUGGGAGAAAGCCAAAGGUUGGAAUUUGUAGAACGCGCUCCAUGAAGGCAGUGGUUCAAGAUGCUGCAGCCUUUCUAGGGAAGACUUCAGAAGGAACAAACAUGAGAAAGGAGCAGCACAACAUUUUGGAUCAUAUAAAUGAGGGAAGUCGGGCAGAUUCCAGCCAUGCUGGGGAAGCAUCUGGCACCAUUCUGAGAAAGAGACAACAUGCACAAUCCUCUAGAAUCACUGGCAGUGAGCGGGAUGCUGAUGAUAGUGAAGGGCGUUCUGAGAGUGUCACGACUGGUGGUUGCAGGAAGAGACGGCAAAUAGUUGCUCCAGUUGUGCAAACCCCAGGAGAAAAACGAUACAAUCUUAGGCGUCACAAGACUGUAGGAGUGGGUGUCGGAGCUGCUAAAGUUUCGGUUGAUACGAAGGGGAGUAAGGAGAAGGAAGUUGGUGCUCUUGAUACAGUGGAAGGAGCACAAAAUCCUGUAGCUGAUGCUUCACCGAGAUUAGGGGUUGUCAGUGCGAAUGACAAUGGAACGCGGUUGGUGCAGGUGGUAACUCACAAAAGUGUUGAGACUCAGGAGUAUACAUCAGAUAGGGUUGUCAGGUUCAAGACACCCACAUACAUCGAUGACAGCACAGAUGCACCAAGGUCAGUUGAAAAUAUGGAAUCGUUUAAAGGGCUAGAUGGUGUCAUUGGUAUGCCAGAACAUGGCAGCGGAGAUGAGAAUGGAAGCACAAUCUAUAGUGAAGUUGGAGAAGGAGAAGGAGAAGGAGAAGAAGACGAUGAUGAUGAUGAUGGGGAUGAUGAAGCAGAGCGUCCUGGUGAAGCAUCAAUUGGAAAGAAGCUGUGGACUUUCCUCACAUCAUGAUUGCUGCAUUUUUUCAAGUAUUUUGCAGGGGUUCUCCCACCCUCUCACUCUCCACACACACACACACACACACUGUGUAGUAACACACACUCGAACUCUCCACACACACAUCCAGGUCCAGUUCAAGUCUGACCUUUUGUAUGUUUUAAUAUGUUUUUUGCUUAUGGAUUUUGGAUUCUCAUGGUAAGGUUGUUCCAUUGUAACCUAGAGAUUACGUGUUUGAGUUGCAAAAAUAGUUUCGCAGCUUGCAGG